AUGGUGGUCCAUGCACGUAUAGAAAAUCGCCUCCCAAGGCCUGUUGAUGGUGGUGGGAAUGCGGCAAAGGCUUGGAUCAGGGUAGGGCAGGCUUCGGAUGUUAAAUUUGUCUCCAAUACACAAUGUUCUUAUCCUCGGAGUUCUGCACUUGGUCUUGGCUUAACUGCUUCAGCAGCACUUCUGGUAGCUCAUAUAAUCAUUAAUGUUACAACAGGGUGUAUUUGCUGCAAAAGAACCAGUCAAAAUUGGAACUCUAACUGGACAAAAGCCCUUAUCUUCUAUGUUGUUUCUUGGUUCACAUUCGUUAUAGCUUUCCUUCUCUUGCUAACUGGUUCUGCACUCAACGAUCAACACGGUGAAGAGAGCGUGUACUUUGGCUACUACUACUGCUACGUCAUUGCCGGAGUCUUUGCCGGGGGAUCUGCGUUAGCCAUUGCGAGCGUAGUGUCUGGGAUCUUAUAUUAUCUCACCUCAAACACCACGAAGGACACAAGUGGUCCUUGGGGCACUGCAGCUGUUCCGAAUCAAGGUGGCAUAGCCAUGGGACAACCUCAGUUCCCACCCCACCAGACCUCACAAGAUCCUGUUUUUGUACACGAAGAUACUUAUAACAGGCGGCAGUUCACUUGAUCGGAAAAUUUCGGUAACACUCGUGAAUCGUAUAAGAUUUUAUUGUAGCUGCAUGCAUUGCUUAUAUUGUAGCUAAUUUUACUAGAGUGCCAAUAUAAACUUGUUUCAGGUA